GGGAGAAGGCAGAAAGGGGCCACCUGCCGGCGGGACCGGUUGUUCCAUUGCACCAAUUUCCCGGCUAGGACGUUUUUGACACCAAACGGCAGCCUGCCUUUCAUUUCGGCAGAAAUUCAACAGGUGAUGCUCCUCCUCCACCUGCUGAAAUCCUGCAGCUGUGCGAAAGGCGCAUGAUGAGCCUCGCCGAGGAAAAAGAAGCAGCUUGCAAAGCUUGCAAGGAGGAAAUCUCCAGCUGCCUAGGCUCUUCUCGCCUAAGCAGUUUUGCUCGCGAGUAAACCCAGCCCCCGCCGUCAGAGGGAGAGAGAGGCGCCUGGGGGAAAGGACCCGAGGCCCUCCUCCCCUCCCUUCCCUCCCCGCGGCGAGCGAGGGACGCUGGAACGUUGGCGUCGCCAUGGCAACACGACGCUUUCUCUCCCCCCCCCCACCCGCACGGCGACGGUGUGGCUGUCCUGGCGGAAGGAAGAGCCCCUCUCGCGCCCCGGAGGAUGCCGCUCAAGGUGGUGGUGGAGCUGCAGAUCCACGCGGUCUCUUGUCCUGGUGUGUACUUGACGGACAAGAAUGAUGUUUAUCUGCAUGUUUGCAUCCUGGGCCAGUGCAAGGAAACUGAGAGCCUUCGACCCAUCUUCCCUCUCUUGUUCCACGAGAAAAUGUGGUUUGAAAAGGUAUUUGAAAAAGCUACAGAUCCUGUUGCUGUUGUAGAAUUGCUAGAAAGAAAUGUAACAAAGUUCCGAUUAGUCGAAGUGGUACCUUCAGGGAAAGGCGAGCUUGCAUUUUAUGAAGCGAAUACUCGAGGUUUUCUGUUUCCAGAGCCUAAGCUGACUCCUGCGUAUCCUGGUGUGGACAGAGAGUUAUUAAUGAAGACACGCCCUUCUUUCCCAGGCAUUGCACCAAAAUUAGAGUUUUCCACAAGGACAACUAUUACAGAACUUCCACUUCUGUCCAGAAGAUGGUAUCGUGGCAGAAAUAAGAGCAGGUUGAGAAGGGCUGUCUCAGCAUCGCCCCGGCGGAGGAGCAUUUCACCGGCACGAUGUAAGACAACAAAGAAUAAGGGCUGUAGGCGAUUCUCAAGAUCAUUCCCAUCGCGCUCUCCUUCUCCAACAAGACGUCUCCAGGAGUUUUGCAGGGAAAGCCGGCAACAGACGCCUUCUCUGAGCUUGAGGUCUGUUAAGUUCACGUCAGAAUCAGACCCCAGGCCGCCUUUUGUAGUUCGACAUGUAGAUUCUUCUAAAAUGUUUUCUGAGCCAUAUUGGAUUUCAAGUCAAAAUACGAGCUCUUCAAGGAAUUCCCACAAACUUCAGUUGAAGCGAGCAUUAUCGUACGAUAGCUGGAAGUCUGCAUGCCCAGCAGCAAAGGUAACCAGAGAGCUGGAUAUGCAAUACAGCUUGGAUCCUGGUUCAUCAUCACUUGAAACAAGGGAGCCUAUUGAUUUUGAUUACUCUCUUUCUCUUUGCCACAAACCUUCAUCUGACUCCUCAAAGCGCUACCGAUCACCAAGCCCAUGUGCGCGGUGGGCGUCUCCUCAACACAGGAUAUAUUCCAGCCCGAAUUCAAGCUGGGAAGAGAUUAACGAGAGAGUGAAAAACCUUCUAACUUCAGACGAGGCCAUACAAAGACUAUCCUUUGGAGCCACUGAUUCCGAAAUUGAUGAUGUCCUUGAAAGAAGGUCCAUCUCUUUGAGGAGUUCCCCACUGUGUGACUCAACGGAACAAAGAUACUGCUUGUAACUGCUGCCAUUGGCAAGAAAGAAUGCAGCAGCCUUGGGAUAUCGACCUGAAGACCCAUUGCUGGCAAGACUUUUGUUCUAGAGCUAACUGAUGAAUGGUUUAUUUUCUGUGUGAUGUUAUGUCUAAAUUGGUUUGAAAACAACACUCUGUAUUGUAGUGCUGAUUAAAGGUUUGAUUUAUACAUUUUCAAA